CGCGCGCGCGCGGGUAGCUCAAACCGGGAUCCAGUCUUCUCGCUCCUCACUGCCCCUGCGAAGAGUCAUGCUCUCGGUCCGCGCCCCGCUCGCCACCAUUACGGACCAGCAGCAGCUGCAGCUGUCGCCCCUAAAGGGACUCAACCUGGCCGACAAGGAGAACACACCCCCGUCCCUCAGCGGGACCCGAGUCCUGGCCAGCAAGACCGCGCGGAGGAUCUUCCAGGAGCCCGCGGAGCCGAAGAGUAAGGGACUUGCCCCCAGUGUGGAGGAUGAACCGCUGCUGAGAGAGAACCCCCGACGCUUUGUGAUCUUUCCUAUCGAGUACCAUGAUAUUUGGCAGAUGUAUAAGAAAGCCGAGGCCUCCUUUUGGACGGCUGAGGAGGUGGAUCUUUCCAAAGACGUCCAGCACUGGGAAGCACUAAAGCCUGAGGAGAGAUAUUUUAUUUCACAUGUCCUGGCUUUCUUUGCUGCCAGCGAUGGCAUAGUCAAUGAGAAUCUGGUGGAGCGAUUUAGCCAAGAAGUUCAGAUUACAGAAGCCCGCUGUUUCUAUGGCUUCCAAAUUGCCAUGGAAAACAUACAUUCUGAAAUGUACAGUCUCCUUAUUGACACUUACAUUAAGGACUCCAAAGAAAGGGAGUUUCUCUUUAACGCCAUCGAGACCAUGCCCUGCGUGAAGAAGAAGGCGGACUGGGCCUUGCGCUGGAUUGGGGACAAAGAGGCCACCUAUGGAGAGCGUGUGGUCGCCUUUGCUGCCGUGGAAGGGAUCUUCUUUUCCGGUUCUUUUGCGUCAAUCUUCUGGCUCAAGAAACGGGGACUAAUGCCUGGCCUCACCUUUUCCAACGAACUUAUUAGCAGAGACGAGGGCUUGCACUGUGACUUUGCCUGCCUGAUGUUCAAGCACCUCGUGCACAAACCCUCAGAGCAGAGAGUGAAGGAGAUCAUUAUCAACGCCGUCAGGAUCGAGCAGGAGUUCCUCACCGAGGCCUUGCCUGUGAAGCUCAUCGGGAUGAACUGCACUUUAAUGAAGCAGUACAUCGAAUUCGUGGCUGACAGGCUUAUGCUAGAACUGGGGUUCAACAAGGUUUUUCGUGUGGAAAAUCCAUUCGACUUCAUGGAGAAUAUUUCUCUGGAAGGGAAGACGAACUUCUUUGAGAAGAGAGUAGGCGAAUAUCAGAGGAUGGGAGUUAUGUCCAGUCCCAUGGAGAAUUCUUUUACUUUGGAUGCUGACUUUUAAAAGAACUGGAGAUAUGCUCUUAUUUUGCUGAUUUUUUUCCCUUUGUCAUUGAAAAAAAAAAUCAGCUAAAGUAAAUCAACCAGCUACACCAGGCAUUGUCCACAUUGUUCAUUAAUGGCACCUGUAAAACUGUGUAGCUACCUCAACCAGUCCUGUUUACUAACGGUGCUAGCAGUGUCAUCUAGAGAAGGACAUUUAAGCCCAGCCCCCUGGAUUCUUUGGAAGAUUGGGUCCUGCUUUGCUAGCAACUGGUGGCUGUGACACUGCCAUAGCACUACAGUGAGGGGACCCCGGCAGCUGACAGCGGGAUUAAACACGGUCCCGGGCAGAUGAGGCUGGUAGCCUCGCUGCUCGCACCCAGGCUAAAGUUUACUGAACUGGUGGUAAAUCAGACGGGCACUUUACACACGAAUCAGAAACUGUACUGUCCAGGGGGAAGCCUGAUAGAAGUGCAAAAGUGUUGUUUCCUACAAAUGGUAGCUAAGGCGAAAUUUACUAAGUGACUGAAAGAAGGUAAUUUGUGUUGACUAAACAUGUAAUUUGCAAGCUUUUUAAUGAAUUGAAAUCCUUUUUACUUUUGAAGUCAGUUCUGGGCAAAUCUACACCAAGUGUGCAGUGCUCAGAGGAGAUGAGGGUGUGAUUUCUCCUGAAACAGGUGCUCCUAAAAGUGUUGCUUCUUCUGAUUUUGUUUGCUAGUAGGUAAUGUUGAGAUCUGAUCUAUUUAUAGUUUAUCCAUGUCUCUUCAAUUAGGAUUUUUUUUUUUUACUAUAUGCAUCUUUUUCAGAUAUUACCUACUUCAUACUUUGUAAAAAGUCACCUAGUAUUAUCUUAAUGAGACAGAUAUCCUAAUGAGACAUAUCUUAACCAGACAUUGCUCGCUGCAGUUCUAACAUUUGCCUAACUACAUGUCGCCUGGCAAAUUCUCAACUGAAUAGAAAACUAGUGGUAUGUGAGCUGUUCAUAUCUGCUCCAUUCAGAUACUAAUUUUAGAUGGAGCUAUAAACUAACAGACACAGCUCAGGGCGAGUUUCAAUCUGCCUUUCUAUGGGAGGAAAGCCAAGAUGUUCAUGGGAACGGGUGGGAGACUGACUUGAUUUGUGACCCCCCCCCCCCCCCAAGUUCACUGCUUGUGUUCCCUGUUGGUUGUUGGAGCCCUGGUCAGAUUUCAUUUAUUGUAUUUGAACUCCUGUAAUACAAGACUUGUUUCCUGUUUCUGUUUUUUAAGUUAUUGUUACAUAAAGCAAAUAAAUGCAAGAUAUACGAUCUCA